AUGUGGCAGUUAUUCCAAGCCCAACAGGCGAAGACGAAGCCUGCCGUUCCGUCAGUAGCUGACGUUUCUAGUAUUAAAAACGAAGUAUGGACACUUGAUAGCAGUAGGCGCCUAGUUCCUCUCAGUAGCGUGCAGCAGGAUCACAGCAGUAGCUCUUCAUUUUCUACGGCCGUCGUUCCGUUUGUUGGUGCAGGGUCUAGCAGUUCCUCGUCUUCAUCCUCCGGAUUCAAGAGGGGCAGGCCACUGCCUUUCAAGUCGUUAGCUAGUGAUAAGGACGUUAGCGAUUUACCGGGUAGCACUUCGUCUUCUGUUUUUGUCAAUGCCAGUACAAAGAAUGACGUUCUCUUCGAUAGAUUCAAGAAGUUUGUUGUAGGCCAGAAACAGUUAGUUUUCGACCAAGAUCUUGGGCCUUCUCAAAAAAUUCGGAUUCUUGCGAGUCAAGGGCCUGCGAUUGCCAAGAGGACAGUCGUAGCCAAUACUAGUUAUAUCAAAGGUGAAGCUCUUUCAGAUGAAUCUUGGAAGCCAUACUUGUCCCAUUUGAAGCAGUACAUGGAUUACAAUACUACAAUGUGUGAGAAGCCGUUUCCCCCGACGAAAGGAAAAAUUGAAGGGUAUUUAGCAAUACAAGGUUGUGCGUCGUCGAUGAAUGUUGCUCGUUCAGCAUUAAGAAAAUUUUGUGCAAUGAUCGGCGUUUCUUGGCCAGAGAUUGAUAGUUCUGCAAUUUCCAAGGGUAUUAGGAGGCAUCAAGCACCCACAAGGAGUAAGACGCCGGUAUCGCCUAGUUGUUUGAAUCUUUUGUUGCAAGAUAAGCGCACGUCUCUUGAGUUCAAGCAUCUAGUUGUUAUAUCGUGGAUUUUUCUUUUGCGUGUUGGUGAUGAAGCAGUUUACUUAAAGAAUCUCUACACGAAAGAUGACAAAAAUUGUAUUACCAAGUUGAAGCAACAUAGUGCAGUUUGGGGGUGUUCGAAAGAUUUAACAGUAACUUUGCGUUUAAGGAGUCGUAAGAAUAAACUUGAAGGAGACUGCGUAGUGAGGGCCUGCACUUGCGGCGCUGCCAAUAGUGCGAGCCCGAUCGCGAGUAGUGUCGAAUUUUCCUGGGCAAAGAAUUUCUGUCCUUAUCACUCUUUCUUUCUUUCUUUCGUUUCGAAAGUUAAGCCUGGAUGUAGAAUCUUUCCCAAUAUGUCUUAUCCAGUUGUUUUGAAGAUGCUUAAGAGUAGCUUAGAUAGGUGUGGCCAACGUGGUGAUUGGGGUACACAUAGUUUAAGACGUGGUGGCGCUGCAGCGGUAGCUGCUGCAGGUGGUAGUAUUUCUCAAAUCUUAAUUUCUGGUAAGUGGAACAAUAAAAAUCAAGCUUGGAGGAAGUACAUUGAUGAGAAAUCCUUGGAGUGUGAAGGCAUGCUUCGCGCAGCUAGACUUGAACUUAAGAAUGAUGAUGGUAUUGAUGGUGUCAUUUCAGAUGGCGAUAGCGAAGCCGAUCAUGAUGGACAAGAUUUGUUUAUGGAUUUGUAAGGACAGUUUUGACGUUGGUUUCAAUCUAGAGUGAAGGCGGUUCCGAUGACGGAAAAUUCUCUUGCAUUAAAGAUUUCCGGUCCGGCAUGUUGUCAGUGUUCACGUUCCGUCGUCAAGGGUAAUGGCAUAGUGAGGUAAAGAGGGCAUCGCCGUUUUUCGUGCAGGCUCUCAGCAAGGUCGGUUUGGGCCAUGCGGCUCUCAAGUGGCCAUUCCUACCGAGUUUCGCGCAACAGUGCCUCGCUGUGACCCCGCCUUCUGUUGAACUAAUUGCCUGUUGUCACCGUAGUCUCUCCUCAUACUUUUCCCCAACCCUACCUAAAUAUAACGCCCCUUCCCCCGUUCAUAAACAUGGUUCCGGUAUUUGGUAGCCUGAAUUUGAUCACACGGGUUCUCUUCUUGUUUUCCCUUAUGCCAUUGUCAGCCCUUGCAAUAUUGGACUGAUUAACAUUAAGGCAGCUCUGUGUCUUUGUUAUUAGAACUUGUUAGGGGCUGAAACCCAUCUUCUUCUUCCUCUAACCAGAGCGCCUUCGACCGAAUGUUAGAGCGGAGUAGCAGUAGCGCUGAUGGGGGUGUUAACCUAUCCCAAGUUAAGGUGUUACCACAUUGCAUUCUUCACUGCCAUCCUUGA